AUGACCGCUGCAGGAGUUGUCAGCAGCACAGCAUUACGCAUUGUCCAUCGUACAUGGAUUGACUAUUGGGAACGUUCACCGCACUACCCAGCCACCCCACACACUUCAAGCUGGCACAUAGAUCCCCGAUCCGUCAGAGUCGGAGGGAUGAUGAUGAUAUGGUCCAAUCAACUCAAAAUAUUAUGUGUUGAUGCAUUAAUGCAGCUAGUUUGUGUUACUCGAUUCCACGAGGUCGAUGCGUGCGGAGUCUGGGAUUCAAGUUUCGAGGUCAACUCGUUUUACAUUUCCAUUUCCAUUCAUUUCGUGACACCCUACAACACCAAUAAUGAGUUCACUGUGUCUUGCCGUAGUGUGCAAAACACUAUUCCCCAACCAACCAAUGCUUGUGAAAAUGCACCACACCUUGCCGAAGCAAGCAUGAAUCCAGAAAGUUCAAAUCAGGAAAACAUAUAUACUGAUAUGUAUACAUUCAGUGCAAUCAGUCCAAUCAGUGCAAUCAAUGAUUCAAGAAUCCCUACUUCACCAAUCUCGUCCCUGAUUGAGGCAGUUAGGAUACUGCAGUCUGGAAAGCAAUGCGACUCUACAGUAUCAACCAUAUAUACUGCAGAGUCCAUUGCACCAGAUUCAGCAGUGACUGGCCAUUCAUCAGGACCCGUUGAGCAUUAUACCGAUGCUCAAGCAUCUAUGCUGUCAUACAGCUAUGCUAAACGGGUUUUGGCGUGUGACAAACCGCCUUUUGAAACUCGGUAUAAAGCUGACCAGAUGAUGUACACAAGCAACCCAAUCACGGUGCUCAACCAGAUCCUGUUCAGUGUUUGCAGUCUCUGCAGUGGUGACUGGACCAAACUCAUGAUUGCUGAAAACAUGGCAAGAUCACCGCAUCAAUCAACCAGUACUGUUUACUCGACCACCCAAUGCAUCCGUGACAAAUGUAAGGUGCUUUCGAUUGAUCCAGACAGUGCAUCUGCGUCUGAUGCAACUCGACUGGUAUAUGUAGUUGGAUCUGUGGGCAUGCGAUUGAUCAACAGCGAUUUGUCAGUGUACACGCAGACCAACAAUUUGUGUGGUAUCAGUCCAAUCCAAACUACUGGCAGGGCAACUCGAGGUAAUAUGAACUCGAUUGGAAACGUUGACUUUUUCACAUUGAUGGACGAAAUGCUACAAACAGUCAAAUACCUCACCAUGCAAGUUGUAUUCCUGAAAACUGAUAUGGACGCUGUGACUAGCGCAUUUGGUCAGUUGCAGAGCCAAACCAAUGACAUUGUUGUCAUGAUGACCAAACACGACAAUGUCAUUCGAUCAUUACUGGGACAGAUCUUGGUCAAACUGGACUCUGGUUGCUCACCAACACAUGCAGUUGUUAUACCAGUUGUGGUAUUCGAAACCAUUUCCACGACUGUGAACAUCACCGCAACAGUGACUGUGUUUUGCCCACAAAGUCAAUCCAAGUUGUUCAUAUGCGACAACAGCACGUUGCACACACACGCAGACUGUCGAUACGGAAUGUCAAGCAACAAUCGACUUAUUCCGUAG